UCCCUAGCCUCGCCUUACGAUAUCGCUUGGCUACCUUUACCUGCCUAUCUACCUUCGGCCUCCUCUGCACCUUCCAGCGCGCGAACCAAUCCUGUCGGCCACUUUUUUAUUUUUUUAUCAUUUUUACCAAGCUUCAACGUUCCCCUUCCUCCCGUUACAGAGACGACAAGACAAGAGCAGAUCAAAACUUCACCCUGCCUUGUCCUGUCUCAGUUCGCCAUUCCAACCUAUCGUUGUCGAGAAAUCCCCAAAUGCUGCCGAACCGCGGUCGCGCAAAGUAAACCUGCCUGCCCAGUUUCGCAUCGGCCAUUGCCUCGCUGAAUCGUCGCAUCGCCAUCUGCCUGUUGCCAUCAUUAUCGCGGGUCCUAGCAGCUUCCGAAGCUCCAUUCCGUCCCCCCCUACUUCCCUCCGCCUGCCUGUACCUUACCCCCGACCGCCGUCCAAGCUUGACUUUUCUUCAACAAAAUCUCCACGCUCGCGUCCCCCUCGUUACACGCUCUCCACCAUUACCACCACCACCACCACCACCAUUACCAUCAUCGUCUCCCAGAAAACGUACCAUCGGUCAAGCUCGCCCGCUCGUACACUAAGCUAGGGCGCCGAAGUAAACAAAGACACGCAACUACCCACCUGGCGACUGCUUCUCCCAUGGUUCGUCUGUUGACGACCCCACGAACUCUGCAAGAUGGCGACCCUGCCGGUAGGGGAGGACAAAUGGCUCGACUACGUCACUGAGAAUAGUCGACACGCCAACGAUUUGGAGAAGCGCGUUCACGUCAUCGAGCUCUUCAAGCUUGCUGUCGAGGCUGAACCGAACAGUGUUCGCGUCUGGCGCGCAUACUGCGACUACUUCUGGUCCCUCUACAUCGCUAGCCAGUCCUACGAGUCGGGAUGGUCAGACGAGGAACGCCACAUGGGCUGCGAGCUCUUCUCUCUCAACGCUGCCCUCAGCCUCUGGCAGCAGGCCUACGAAGCCAUCCAAUACCGUAUCAGCGACAGCCACGAGCUGUGGGAUCAGUGGAUCUCUCUCGAGAGCGGCCUUCUCGCCCGCUCGCGCACCGCCGAGGGCAUCCGACGCAUCACCUACCUGUACACCGAUCGCCUGCAGGUUCCACAUGUCACCCGCGACAACACUGCGCAAGCCUUCUCCGAGUUUCUGUCGACUUACAACAAGGCUGCCUGGGAGGAGACGAUGCAGAGCAUAACCGCCAACCCUAAGUCACAAGAGGCCAAAAAGCUUACCGAAGAUCGCGACAUGUUCGAAUUGAAACUGAAGGAGGCCUCCCGCGAAGGGAAAGACGAGGUUUACCGCAACCUGCUUAAGGAAUAUCUCGAAUGGGAAUGUGCCCAGAGCAAGCGGAGCAACAAGCAGGCUGAGGCUACUGGCGAUCUCUGCCGGGGUCUCUAUGCCAGGGCCUUGACCGGCGUCUUUGCCUUCGACGACACCAUAUGGAACGAAUACGUCCGCUUCUUGUCUACAUCUGGCACUUAUGCCCAGUCACCGCAAGGAAUGGUGGAUGUGUUACGGCGGGCCGUUGAUCACUGCCCUUGGUCGGGCGCAAUCUGGUCGCGCUAUAUUCUGACGGCCGAAGACGCCAAGCUCCCCUUCAAUGAAAUUGAACAAAUAAAGCACAAGGCCACCAGCAACCCCGAGCUUUAUAAGAACGGCAUGGCCGCACUUCUCGACAUGUACGCGGGCUGGUGCGGGUUCCUCAAGCGCAAGGCCAUGGAUCUUAACGCCACCGAUGAGGAUGUUGACAUUGCCGACAUGGGACUGCGCGCUGCCCUUGAGUUUGUCGACCAAGCAAAGCACCGCUACGGUGACAGCUACAGGGGGGACCCCAACUUCCGCCUGGAGCGCAUCUAUAUUCAGUACCUGACGGAGAAGAAACGCAACGUCGAUGAGGCGAGGAGCGAGUGGCACAAAUUGGCAGAGAAGCAGCUGUACGCCGACAGCUAUGACUUCUGGCUCAAUUACUACUUGUGGGAAAUGAUGAUCUUCGCAUCCAACGGCAAGGACCGUAGCCCUACGCCGUCCACUGCCGCGAUCGGCUUGAGGGUGCCGUCGGUGGCUACGGCCGUGCUUGGACGAGCAAUCAAGAGAAAGUCACUGGACUGGCCCGAAAGAGUCAUUGACGUCUACGUUCAGCACUGCAAUGACUAUGAGCUCCCGAGCACGGUCCGCAUCGCCAUCGACACAGUCUACGAAACCCGCAAAGAAGUGACAAAGCGGCGAGAGAGGGAGGCAGCACAGGCCGCAGAAUACUAUGCAGCCCAGGCCCAAGAACAACAAGCAGCCCACGCAGCCCAAACGGUGGAUGCUGACUCGACUUCCAGCUCCAAACGAAAGCGGGAAGAGGAAGCUGAUGCGGCCGAUGUGACGUCCAGUAAGAGACCAAAAAGCGAAGUCGCGGAGGCGGACACGGCACUCAAGCAGCAGAGUCUGAAAAGAGACCGAGAAAAUACUUCGGUGCUCGUCAGCAACAUCCCUGCUGAGACCACCAAAACCAAGAUACGGCAGUAUUUCAAGGAGUACGGCCACAUUGUCGACGUUACAGACCCAGCCAUUGACCCUCAAGACAACACCCAGACAGUCAUGGUAGAAUUCAGAACUCCAGAGGAAGCGCAGUCAGCACUGCUCAGAGACGGGAAGUACUUUGGGACGUCCCAGAUCAGCGUGCAGCCCGGCACUGAUUUAACCGUCUAUGUCACCAACUACCCGCCGACUGCGGACAAGGCAUACAUCGGCAACCUCUUCAAAGACUGCGGCGAGAUUCUGGGCAUCAGAAUGCCUAGUCUGAAGGGGAACGUACGGCGGAGAUUUAGCUACGUCACGUUCCGUGACCGUUCUGCCUCGUCCAAAGCCACACAGAAACACGGUACUGUUCUAGAAGGAAAGUUCAAGCUGAUGGCUAUGUACUCCGACCCGACCCGUGCGAAAAAGCGUGAAGGAGCGAUCGAGGAAGGUCGCGAGCUGCACAUUACCAACCUGGACCCUUCGGCCGUCGAAGACGACGUCCAAAAGGCCUUCUCGAAGUACGGUACCGUGAAGCGCAUCAGCAUCCCGCGGAAUAAGGCCGGCAAAGGCCAUGGCGCGGCAUACGUUGAGAUGGAAACCAGGGAGCAGGCCAGGACUGCUGCUUCCGAGCUCGACAAGGCUAAGCUGCGCAGCGGCAUCAUGACCGUACAGAUCUCCACGCCCAGCAACUUCAAGAGGACGGCGGCCGUCUCGAAAGAGGGCGCCUCCCCUGCCCCAAGUCGCGAUGAGGAGGGCGAUGAAAUGAUGGCAGACAGCAAUGGCGACGGCGUCGCCCGUCAGGCUGGACCCAGCCGGGCUGAGAUUGCCUCGCGGACCAUCGCCCUCCUGGGCAUCCCCGACACGGUCAACGAUGCACGAGUGAAGGAAAUUGUGGACAAAGUUGGCGGCUUCAAGAGCCUCAUUCUGCAACCCAGUCAUGGCGGCGCCAAAAUCGAGUUUGAAGAUGAACCCAGUGCUGGCCGCGCAAUGCUUCAGCUUGAUGGCUACAUCUUAGACGGCCGCAAACUACGCACUGGGUCCGUCGAGGAGCUCAAGCAUUCCAAGGGGGAGAUUCGCACAGAAAAGAUCGUCUACGGUGUCGGCGGGAAGAAGCAGACCGACAAACGUGCAGCAUCCAAGAACACUGACAGUGGUGCUCCCUUCGUUCCGCCAUCCACCACCAUCAAGCGGCCAGUGUUGGGCAACAAGGGCGGUGCUAAACGAGGACUGGGCUUCAUGACCAAGGCCGUGAACGCGGGAGGGAGCAGGCAGGGAGAGACAGCAACCUCACAACCGGAAGCUAAGGUUAACGGUGCUACCGGUAGCGGGGAGACCGAGGCUCGGAAACCAAUGAAGAGCAACGCCGACUUCAAGGCGCUCCUCCUGGGUGGUACCACUACUGCUGCUGCUGCUGCUGCUGCUGCUACUCCAGCGGCUGCUACAACAACUACAACUAAUACGUCCAAAGAAGAGGGCGUGGGAAGGAAUGGCAACGGCCAGGCUGGGCAAGACCAUAAUUAAUAACGGCGUCCAUGGGAAAUGGGAAAUAUGACAUUGUUUGAUUUCAUCGGGUCCUGCCCCCUCCCGGCAUACAUUUCUCGUCAUGUGUCUUGACAUUAGAGGAUGCUCGUUACCAAGUCCUCAUUGGUCUGCCACCUGGAUCUCUCUUUUUGUGCCCCUCAGCUGAACAAUUUAGCAGCCGAGCGUUCCGCACACCGUAGAAUGAUAAUGUACC